UGGAUUUCAUAAUAACACCGAUCACUUUAUUAUUAGAGCUGGGCGAUACAUUGACUUUUUAUGUUAUCUCGAUAUAUUUUCAAACAAGAUACUAUAGGAUGAGACAACACCAUUUAUAUCGAUAUAGUUUGAUGUUGCGUUAAAAUACGUAACCCAUUUCUUAACACUAGAAUGACGGGAUUCCACUCCUACCUGAAACGACCAUGGAUGGUCAAAUUGACAGCCGGUUUUAAACUAUAUUCUGUCAAGAUAUAUACCCACUUGAGAUAUUAAUGCACUGCAUAUGUUAGUAUGUCUGUUAGGAAACAACUGACACCAAAAUUAACAUUUUAACAACUAUAAUACUAUUUUUAAACAAUUUAAACUUCAGAAAGUGAAAGCAUUUGUGAUCAUUAUACAGCAAUAUCUGAUCUUCUCGCUGAUGGUCUCAUUUGCUUAUUGCGAUCAUGUAGCAUGCCUAUAUACUACACAGUAGACCGGUUAAGUUUUACACACUUGAACUGCUUUAAUCACCCUUCCAUGCUAUGUCACAACCGAGGUCGCCACUUGUAUACAUCAUAAGUACUCGCCUGUAAGUUAAAGUGAUCGCAACAUAACUCUACAUUCCCCUCUUCUAGAUGUAACACAAAAUACAUUACAGCAACACAAACAACAGCUAUGUUGCAUAAUUUAAGUGGUACAGAUCCCUGGACACAACAGCAUGAGUGGGGUACAGCACAUAACAGGAACCUGACAAACUCACACGCCAGAAAAAGAUGAGAUGACAUGUGUAACUAAUAAGGUACAGAAUAACCAACAAGGAAACUCCGUAAUCAAUCACUCGAAGAACAAUAUUUCUCGUAGUGCACACAUUAGUUAUAUCAGUCACUGGGCUAAGUGGUGAUGUAUUCCCAAUAAUGCUGGUUGGGGUGGCUGACUCUUCCUCAGCAAGUCAUCACAGGUUGUCUACCACCUGAAUCACUUGAGGUGAUUUCUGGUGUGGCAAUGGACGGUGUGGGUGGUGCGGUGUCAGAGCAGACAGCUCCUCUAUCAGGUGCUGCUGAAGUGGGAAUUUGUGGCAGGUCAUCCUCAGAGAUGGCCGGUGGGGGUUCAUCAACUCAGAGAAGGUGUCACCGAUUUCUGAUGUAGCUGGUUCCUUGGGAUGCUAUUAUGUAGCUGUUAGGCUGUGGGGCUGGGCCCUCUACUCUUGUUAACCUGUCAAAACCACGCGCAGUCUGCACCCUGACGGUUUGACCUGGACUUAAUGCAGGGAGGUGCUGGGCAUUGCGGUCAUGUUAUGCUUUCCCCCUCAUCCUCUUUUUUGUGACAGUGGCUUUCACGUUAGUGCGGACAGCUGGCUGGAGCAUGGCUUUGGUCACUGGUAUGAAUGUUCUGGUCCGCCUGGACAUAAGGCGCCGAGCGGGACCCUGAGAGCAGGAUAAGCGGUUCGGAUAAUGGAUAAAAGAUUUUUUGAGGGAGUUGUUCCUUAUCCGAUGCAAGGGUCAAAGGUCAGGGUGUUGUUUUGCUGUAAAGCCCACUGAGGCAAAUUUGUAAAUUGUGAUAAUGGGCUAUACAAAUAAAAAUGACUUAACCUCUGAACUCUUCUGAACACGAGGUUCUCCUGGACACGGGCACGAAGUCAGUGUGUACAUCUUAUGCACUGCAAAUGAUAAACGUUGCUCUUCGAAAUGUCUCAGCGCCCCGCAGACCUUAAAUGCACCCCACCUGAGAAGAUGCAGCGAACCUCCCAUCCUCCCUGGAGAUGACGUCACGCCAUCCAACGCUCCCUCGCCGUAGACUUGGGCGCCCCGUGCUGCAGGCGGAGGAUCUAUGCUGCGGGAGGGAGGAGGAGGAGGAGCUGUCAAAGUUGGAGCGUCCGGGAGAGCGAGAAAAGUUGAUCACCUUACGAAAAGUCCAACGUGUCGGUUUGCAUACGGCGGAAUAUCGCGCUUUUGCUCGGCAUGGAAUGACGCGCGUCCACUCGCUCCGGGGAAGAAAAAGAAAUAAACAAAAAUAAACAAAAGGGCUUUGAAAACGCAAUGGCAGCACAGUUCAAAAUCUGGAUCUCUCUCACCUCCUUGCUCUCGCUGGGUUCGUGUGUCCUGCCGGAAAAGAAAGUAUGCCAGGGCAUCACCAACAGAUUCAACCUGCUGGGCACCAGAGAGGACCACUAUCUGAACAUGCUGAAGACCUACAGCAACUGCACCGUGGUCCUGGAGAAUCUGGAGGUCACCUACAUGGAGGACCACCAUGACCUGUCCUUCCUCAGGUCUAUUCAGGAAGUGGGCGGCUAUGUGCUGAUCGCCCUCAACACAGCCCCCCGAAUUCCCCUGGACAACCUGCGGAUUAUCCGAGGCCAUUCCCUGUAUGAUGGAGGCUUUGCCCUCGCUGUGGUACUCAAUUACAACAAAACCAUGGGUCGGGGCACUGUCGAGCUUCCUCUGACCAGCCUGACAGAAAUUCUUAAAGGAGGGGUUCGGUUCUCAGGGAACCAGCUGUGUAAUGUGGAGACAAUCCAGUGGUAUGACAUUGUGAAUGCCGACACCAAACCCAACAUGGAGUUCCCUGAGCCCAGCAAAAACCUACACUGUAAAAAAUGUCACUCAAGUUGCUUCAAUGGUUCUUGCUGGGCCCCCGGUCCCCAGAAAUGUCAGACUUUGACCAAGCUUAACUGUGCCCAGCAGUGCUCCAAGCGAUGCAAGGGUCCUUCACCGAGCGACUGCUGUAAUGAGCACUGUGCUGCUGGCUGCACCGGACCCAGGCCCUCUGACUGUCUGGCCUGUCGGGACUUCCAGGACGAUGGUACCUGCAAGGACUCCUGCCCAGGCCUCAUGCGUUAUGACCCCAACCUGCACCAGCUUGUGCCCAAUCCAGAUGGGAAGUACAACUUUGGGGCCACCUGUGUCAAGACCUGCCCACAUAACUAUGUAGUGACGGACCACGGAGCGUGCGUGCGGACAUGCAGUGGUAAUACAUAUGAGGUGGACGAAGGAGGGGUCAGGAAGUGCACCAGAUGUGAAGGCCUGUGCCCAAAAGUUUGCAAUGGCCUUGGAAUGGGGAAUCUGGCCAAUAUCAUGUCUAUUAAUGCCUCAAACAUUGACUCCUUUAAAAAUUGCACCAAAAUCAAUGGCAACAUCGCUAUCAUCUACACGUCUAUUCACGGGGACCUGUUUACCAAAACGCCCAAGAUGGACCCUGCCCAGCUAAAUGUGUUUAGGACGGUUAAAGAAAUUACUGGGUUUUUAUUGAUUCAAACAUGGCCAGAGAACAUGACCUCACUCAGUCCCUUUGAGAAUCUAGAGAUCAUCCGUGGACGGACCAAACGUGGUAGCCAUAGCCUGGCUAUUACCAGUCUGGGCAUCAACCACUUGGGCCUUCGCUCCCUGAAAGAGAUUAGCGAUGGAGACGUGAUCAUCACCAUGAACUCCAACCUCUGCUACACCAAGAAACGCCACUGGAAGGGCCUUUUCAAAUCGGAGAGCCAAACUGUCAAGAUGGACGGAAACACGGAUGCUGCCACCUGCGCAAAGCAAAACAACACUUGUGACAGGAAGUGUACGAAGGACGGCUGCUGGGGCCCCGGCCCGGCAAUGUGUUUCGCCUGCCGGGACUACAGCCGGGAUGGGAACUGUGUUGACUCCUGCAACAUCCUGGAAGGAGAACCACGGGAGGCAGUAGUGAAUCAAACGUGUGUGGCGUGUAACCCUGAAUGUCAGCCACUUAAUGGGACCGCGACUUGCAGUGCACUUGGUCCUGGACAUUGUACGAAGUGUGCCAAUUUCCGAGAUGGACUGUUCUGCGUGUCUCGUUGUCCUCGGGGCGUGCCAGGGAAGGAUGACACUCUCGUCUGGAAAUACGCUGACAAAUUGAAAGUUUGCCAGCUGUGCCACAAAAACUGCACCCAAGGAUGCACUGGCCCAGGUCUGAACGGCUGCCAAAAAAGCCCAUCCGGUCUGUCCAUGAUCGCAGCCGGUGUGGUCGGCGGUCUGCUCGCUGUCCUCAUCGCAGGCCUGUCUGUGUUUGUGUUGCUACGACGACGCCACAUCAAGAGGAAAAGGACCAUGCGUAGAUUCCUCCAGGAGAGAGAGCUGGUUGAACCUUUGACUCCGAGUGGAGAAGCACCAAACCAGGCUCUGCUGCGGAUCCUGAAGGAGACCGAGUUUAAGAAGAUCAAAGUGCUGGGAUCAGGGGCUUUCGGUACAGUUUACAAGGGCCUGUGGGUUCCAGAGGGAGAGGAUGUGAAGAUCCCUGUGGCCAUCAAGGUUUUAAGGGAGGCCACGUCACCCAAAGCAAACAAGGAGAUCUUGGACGAGGCAUAUGUGAUGGCCAGUGUGGACCACCCCCACGUGUGUCGUCUGCUGGGCAUCUGCCUGACCUCCACGGUGCAGCUGGUCACCCAGCUGAUGCCCUACGGCUGCCUACUGGACUACGUCCGGGAGAACAAAGACAACAUUGGCUCCCAGUAUCUGCUCAACUGGUGUAUGCAGAUAGCAAAGGGUAUGAACUACUUAGAGGAGCGCCACUUGGUGCACCGCGACCUGGCGGCCAGGAACGUCCUGGUGAAGACACCUCAGCAUGUCAAGAUCACCGACUUUGGUCUGGCCAAGCUCCUCAAUGCCGACGAAAAGGAGUACCAUGCAGAUGGAGGAAAGGUACCAAUAAAAUGGAUGGCUCUUGAAUCUAUCCUUAACAGGACAUACACACACCAGAGUGAUGUAUGGAGCUAUGGUGUAACAGUUUGGGAGCUCAUGACCUUUGGUACCAAGCCCUAUGACGGUAUCCCAGCCAGUGAAAUAGCUGGCGUCCUGGAAAAAGGGGAUCGGCUGCCUCAGCCACCUAUCUGCACCAUAGAUGUUUACAUGAUCAUGGUGAAAUGUUGGAUGAUUGAUGCAGACAGCAGGCCCCGUUUCCGGGAACUAAUCUCUGAGUUUACGAAGAUGGCGCGGGAUCCUCCCCGUUACCUCGUCAUCCAGGGGGAUGACCGCAUGCACCUGCCAAGUCCCACGGACUCCAAAUUCUACCGCAGCCUGAUCAGCGGGGAGGACAUGGAGGACGCUGUGGAUGCCGAUGAGUACCUGGUGCCCCAACAUGGCUUCUUCAGCAGCCCCAGCACCUCUCACACCCCGCUCCUCCAGUCCGUGAGCCUGAACAGUAGCAUUGGAACGUGCCACAGCAGAAAUGGCUUAUUGAACGGCUUCCCGUGCAGAGAAGGGAGCAUGGUUCUUCGUUACAUCCCUGACCCCACAGACAAAUUUUUGGACCAGGCCUUCCAACCAGUUCCAGACUACAUGAACCAGAACGGAGUCUCAGACGUAAUGAACCCCAUCUACCAGCACCCAGGGCCCCCCCGCAGCAUCCUCCCCACCAUCUCAUCCGACGACACGGAGACGGAGUACCUGAACUGCUUUAAGAAUGAGGCCAUGGGACCCGAGUACCUCAACGAAAUCCAGUCCCCUGCUAUCCUCUCGCCCACCACCAAUGGUACUGUGCAAAGCAGCCAGAAAUAUCAGCCUCAGAAUAGCAUAGACAACCCUGACUACCAACAGGAUUUCACCCCAACCUUUAAGACCCACGCCAAUGGACACAUCCCAGCAGCCGAGAAUGCAGAGUACCUGGGCCCAGACUGAGGACUUGUGAAGACACCACUGCCCCGACCCCUAGGGUGGAAGGAUAUGCUUACAGACGUAAGAAGAGCCCAUUUUCUUCUCCAGAAAAACAGAGCAUUGAUGUGUCGGUUCGAAAAGGACUGCUAGCGGUACUGUGAACUGCUUUCCAUGUUUAACACCCAUCUAAAGGAGCCCAGUGACAUACUGCGCAGCUUUCCAUGUCUUUGGUGGGCUGUUGUACUCGUCACACAAAGUUUGUCUUGUUCCUAAAAAUGGUUUCAUAUCAGACUGCAAAGGACUUUAUUAUGGAGAAAGCCCCGGGAAAGGUGACCUGUCACAAAUGAUAAGGUGGAACUGAGAAUUACCCUUCCAAGUACACUCCAACAAAACGGCGUAGCAGCUCUUAGUGAUAUUUAGUCUUAAUGUCGUGCACAAAAUGCUGUGAUCUGAAUGUAUUGGUGGAGGAAAACUACGAGAGGAUUUAAAGCCUCCAUUUCGUGAAUAAAUGUUCAAUUGCAAAGAAAUUGACAAAAAGUGGCAGCUCAUCCCAAAACACAAUAUACAGUAGAGUACAUAUGUUGUGGAAUUAGUCAACAAAAAACAAGCAGUAUUGAUAGGUUUGUGUGUAAAGGGUUGAGAGCUGUACUUAGGAGUUACAAACAUAGACCCACUGUAGGAGGGCUUUAGAUGUGGCACCCCAGGACCUCUUCAAAACUUUAUUAUGUGUCAAGAAGCUGGAAUGGAACUUUUCAGAUUCAAAUGCUGGUCGGACUCUUGCGGUCUUCCGAGACCUGACGAUACUCGCCCUGAAGGGUGGGUCAAUGAGGAAACGGUUGGAUCUAGUGUUGUAAUGUAAGGCUGGUGUAAAGGGGAAUACUGCUGAAUUUCAGCCGUUUAAAUAUGCUAUUUUAAUUCUUGUUAAGAUUCACUACUGUCUUCUAUAGCUUGAAACAAGAGACGAAAGUCUGUCUGCCCCCUGAUAUGUCACAUGGAUUCAAUUCUAGUACAAUUCUAUUAAGAGGAAAUUGUCAAUAAGGCAAAUUAUGAAGUAUUCAGAAUGAGUCUUUGGGAGAAAAUGGUGCAUUUUUGCCAAACAGUUGUAUGAGCAUACAAAGCUGGUCUUUCAUUCAUUGCCCAUGCUACGACUCUGUUUCGCAUCACUGCGGCAUCACAAAUUAGGCUGUGCAGACACAAGGAACAUCUCUACAGCAGUGCCAGUUUUUCCAUUUGAUUGCUGUCGAUGAUGAUUAUGUGCUUGCGUGUCCCUGAAAGCGCUUGCAGCUCAACAUUUUUUUUUCUUAAGUACUCUGACAGCCAGUGUAAGCUACACAGAAAAAUGUUUAAAGCUAUUUAACUUUUUGUAAAAGACCGCUGAGCUUCAAUAAACUGCCUGACUUCCCCAUAGCCCCAUAGUAUGGAGUCACCACCAGCGCCUCCGUCGUGCGUCUUUUCAGGCGUGCUUGCACGGACGCAGAGACUCAGAAUUGUGUGGCAAAUACCGAUUAGACUGUCCCGGUCCGUAUGAAUAACCUGUUUAAAUUCUUAAUUAAAAUGUCACCACCACCCCGGGCACGCUGUGUUACAGAAAGAAGCUGUUUUGAUGGCUCACUGCAUGUUGGAAACAGAAAAAUGAACUUUUCUCCUGUUGGUAUUCCAAUGUAUUUACAUUGUCACGACGAGAUCCCGUGAUCACCUGGCUGUUUUCUUUAAUGUAACCAUAUCUGAUGGUUUUUACAAGGUUUUUAAGUAAGGACACUACACCCAUAGAUCCGCUCAUAGCUUAAAAGUCUUGUCGUCUCGCAAGAACAUUAUCUUUGAAUACAAAUAUGUUUCCUAGUUUUAAAGGAAUAUUCUAUAGUAGCAACUUGUGAGUGUACAUAAGUACGCUCAGGUUUUACACAGGUACAUGUACAGCAAAGAGUGAUUAUGCUGUGUACAAUAUACCCAAAAGUCACCUAUAAUUUAUCCUAUCAGUACAUGGUUUUGCCACUUUAUACCUGAAUGUGCACUUAUUCCUGAUUAUUAAUUAUUUCAUUCUAAAGUGAACAUAAAUAAAAUUGUGUCUUUUUAUAUUGAGCGACA